AGCGCACGAGUCCUGUUGAUCGUGUACGUCAUCAGAAUCACAUGGGUAAUGUAUAGAGGGAGACACAAGCGGACAAUUUGAUGCCGUAGUAGUACGGCACCUUCAGUAGAGGAGACAUACCACGCCACAAGCAGUACGAGCCCUUUGAGCGGAAAACCAGAGUGAUGGAUUUUGAAGCUGAAUUGCAGAAGUUGUACUCAGUGUUUGCUCGGAUAGGCAAUCUCGGGCUUCGACUAUUGUGGCAUUGCCUACAUUUUAUUGUUAGCUUGGGGUAUUUUGGUUUGCAUGUAGCUGAUGCGCUUGAAAGCUAUCUUAUUUCUGCUGGAAUAUUUAGAAGUUACCAGGCCCUCAAUAUACACACUCUCCGUUACCUGGCCAUUGUAGUGGAAAGUGAGGAUGCCUACCAAAUUUCAAAAGUUGUCCAGCUUUUGCAGUGGCUGGCAGAUAUUGGUGUGAGACGUGUGUGUCUCUAUGAUGGAGAAGGCAUACUGAAGAUGUCAAGAGGAUCUAUAUUGGACAAAUUGAAAAAUGUGAGAUUGUUUGAGGAUGUUAAUGAAAAUAAAUCGCUAAGGGACCAGCAACUCAUGACUCUAGAAUUUUCUUCCUUCUCUGAUGGAAAGGAAGGGUUGACCAAAGCAGCGAACUUACUUUUUAAGGAGUAUUUGAAGUUGGGUGGACUCAACAGAGAGCAGGAAGAACAAAUUUUUACAGAAUCGCACUUGACUGAGGCACUAAGAGCUGUUGGUUACAAGGGGCCAGACCCUGACCUUCUUCUUGUUUAUGGACCUGCAAGGUGUCACCUUGGUUUCUCUGCAUGGAGAAUUCGAUAUACCGAGAUCGUGCAUAUGGGGCCUUUGACGUCCAUGAAGUAUGGUUUACUCAUAAAGGCCAUUUACAAAUUCACUAUGGUGCGCCAAAAUUAUGGUUUUUGAGCUAUUACAAUCAUGGGUAGCCAUAAUCGGUUUAUAAUCCGUUUAAUCUGUCCAUUGAACUUUCCCAAGGAUAUUAGUACGUGUAAGCUUGAACUCAUAAUAGACUGAGCCAGAUGUAAUAAAAUCCUUUUUAAUAAUAAAAUCCUUUUAUCUGUAUGGAAGAAAAUUCCAUGAUAGCGUAAAGAUACAAUAACGUGGUUAGUUUGUUUACAGAACCUACUGAUCUUGAGUUGUAUGUUACAUAGAGCAGUCUCAAAUGGCCUGCUUGAUGGGGCCUAUAUCAACAAUAGAUGAGAUUCCAUCACAAUCUCAAAUCUUUUGUACGCUGAUGA